UUUCAGAUGUCGGCAUAACCAACUGAUUGCAUGUUUCUUGAUCUAAUCACUUAGCAACAAUUUCUUUCUGGGAUGUAAUUUCCUAUAUCUGUAUUGCUUCCUACUCAGUCCAAAUCUUCGAUAUAACUUACUAAAUAGGUUGUUGUAGCAACACAGACUUAUCUAGUCCUCGAAGGCCUAAAAAAAACUGAGAUUCCACAUGAACAGGUCAAGGCCAGCUAAUGUCAACGACCAAAACUUGCACGAAAUGAUUUCAAAGAUCAGUUGAUGAAUCAUAUAAGACGCAUAUAAGGUAAAAGCUGCAAUUCCAGGAGUCUGUAUUAUUGCUGAACACAAGAGAAGAACGAUGUCUAAUGCUGUAAUAGGCCCUUUUGUUAACCCCACCAGACCCGCUGGCGGCCAAAAUAUGCCGCCAAUUGGCAUUGGAACCCGACCUGGUUUGAGGAAAUUAGAUCUGUCAGCUGUCAAGACAGCAAUUCUUGAGGCCAUUGAGCUUGGCUACAGACAUCUUCAAACCGCAAUUUCCAGUUUCUUGGAGCAUCAGGCCUUUGGAGAAGCCAUAGCCGAAGCCCUGGAACGUGGGCUAGUUAAUUCCAGGGAAGAGCUCUUCAUCACUUGUAAACUUCCUUACCACGAUGCUGCUCCUGACUUUGUUGUCCAGAACUUAAGGAAGUUUCUUGAAAAGAUGCAUUUGGAUUACGUCGACCUCUGUCUUGUUCAACAACCAGAAGAAGAUGAACCCGGACGAGCAAACAACGACAUUCCACUUACCGACCUAAUGUUCGUCUGGGAAGCUAUGGAAAAGUGCCAAAAACUGGGCCUCACAAAGUCCAUUGGAGUAUGCAAUUUCUCUUCCAGGAUGCUGCAAAAUAUACUCAAAUUUGCAAAAAUGCCUCCUUCCAUCAAUCAGGUGGGAAUGCAGAGGUUCUUGAAAGAAAAGGAACUCAGAGAACUCUGCUUGGCUAACAACAUUUCCAUCAUUGCAUGUUCCACUAUUGGAGGAGAAGAGAAACACUCAGAUUUCACUCAGUUCAUGGAGUUAGAAGCUUUGCAGAAGACUGCAAAAGAUAGAACAAAGACAGCCAACCAGGUGGUGUGCAGAUGGGCACAUGAGCAAGGAGCAUCUCUAUUGUUGGAGAGCUUGAGCAAGGAACAUAUGCUGGAGAUUCUCAGCAUAUUUGAGUGGAGUUUAUCACAAGAUGAUUAGCACAACAUCAAUCAAACUCAGCAAUUGCACCCUCUGCUGAACUCAGAAUUCAAUCCUAGUGAUAAACAAACUUGCCACUGUUGGUAAAUUGUACGAAAUCAUACUGAAAGUGUAUCGCACUCAUAGGUGUAUAGGCCUUGAUGGCCCAAUAGCCCAAAAGUGUACUCUCCAUUAAUAUAUAGAAUAGAUAAUAAUAAUAAUAAUAAUAAUAUAUACAUAAAUCAAAC